GCGGGGCGAUGGAGCCGGCCGUGGAGGAGCUGAUGCCGCGGCUGCUGCCCGUGGGGGACUGCGACCUGCCCGACGACUUCGACCCCACCGUGCCGCCCAGGACGCCGCAGGAGUACCUGAGGCGCGUCCAGAUUGAAGCAGCGCGAUGCCCAGAUGUGGUCGUGGCACAAAUAGACCCCAAGAAGCUAAGAAAGAAGCAGACAGUAAACAUUGCAAUUUCUGGAUGUCAGCCUGCUCCGGAAGGAUACUCUCCAACACUCAAGUGGCAGCAGCAGCAAGUGGCCAAUUUCUCAUCUGUUCGUCAGAGCCUGAACAAGCACAGAAAUCACUGGCGGUCACAGGAUUUGGACAGCAAUGUUAACAUGCCCAAAUUAGAGGAUGAAGAAGGUUGGAAGAAGUUCUGCCUGGGUGAAAGAGUAUACUCAGAAAUAGAUGCAGAAUCUGAUCAUGAAAAUCUAGGAAUUGAUUACAUAAAGGUGGGCUUUCCUCCUCUGCUAAGUAUUGUAAGCAGAAUGAAUCAGGCCACAGUAACCAGUGUCUUAGAAUACCUGAUAAGCUGGUUUGGAGAGAAAAAAUUUACUCCGGAAUUGGGUAGAUGGUUUUAUGCACUGUUGGCAUGCCUUGAAAAACCUUUGCUACCUGAAGCUCACUCCCUUAUCCGACAGCUGGCAAGGCGAUGCUCAGAAGUGAGAGUACUAGAGGAGAACAAGAACGAAGAGCAAGUAUCAGCUCUGAACCUGUUAAUCUGCUUAGUUAGCAGGUACUUUGAUCAACGUGAUUUAGCUGAUGAACCCUCCUAGACUUUCUUGAGCAAACCCUUUUGUGUUGCCAUUGUACAAACAGCACUAUCAGCAUACAGGUCGGAAGCGUGCAGUGUCUUUCUGCGAAGUACAGUAGAACUUCUUCAGAGCACCCUCAACAUAAUAAUACAUUCAGGACAGCUAUGAAUAACUUAAGCUGAUCCUUGGCAGGAGGGUACUACUCACCAGUAUCCUCAUCAUAAAAUGGUCCAUGAAUUAUCUGUCAUUAUCUCUCAAGCAACUUAGUAUAGUAAAUUCUUCAUGAUAAAUUUUUACCAUCUGAGUAAUCCUGUGGAUGCUGUCAUUAGGUAAAGACUUCUAAGUUUAAAGAGAUCUUAUGUCACAGAUGACUGUUCUUUAUCUAAUACACACCCCUUGAGGUCUUUUUUAAUAAAACUAAGGUGUUCUUUAAAGCGUUCUUAAACAUUGUGGCUUUUCUCAUUCUUCAUAGUACUUAACAGCUGCCUUACUUCAGAAGCCCACACAACUGGGAUCCAAUGUGUUUUUUUCAGGAGAUAGUUCCCGAGCUUAAAUACUGCUAAGCAGUACAGCUACAGCCAGUGAAUUACUGAAACAGUUAUGUUACCAAAACAUAAAAGGAGGUAGUGCAUAGAUUUCCUGAGUAAUAAUAUUUGCUACUUUAUAGUAAAAAGUGGCAGAAACCAGGGGAAGAGGCACAGCUGUACUCAGUACUCUUCAACAGAAGCAUUUCUUAAACUUAAAAUGGACAAAUUUAUUUCCUGUAUAGUAUCUUGACAAAUACAUUAGCUCAGCUAUUUGGCUUAACAUAUUGAACAGGGAGUGCUUUGCCAAGAAUACUGGUGUCUGCUUUGUACAUUCAUGAUUCUGUUGGGUUCUAAUUAUCUUCAACAAUUGAAAAUCUAGUUUAAAGGAAUUCUGAUUUCUGCUGGUAAUGGCAGACUGAUAGACAGUAUUGAAUUUCACACUGCACAGGAAGCAGAUGUCAAUCCCUCACUAUUUAAAAAAGACAUAUCAUUAAGCACAAGUUACUGGUUAAGCCCUUAGUGUAAAUUAGAAUUAUUAGAACUUUUUUAUGUGGAACUGUAAUCUUAACUGUCAAGUGAAAAUGAAAGUAACUACUGCAGUUUUAAUUCUAGAGAAGCAAAUUACAAAAUGGCCUACCAAGUUGUGUGGGCCUAAUGGAUGUCACUGAAGUGUCCAUCUGUUAGGCCCAGUGCAAGUCAGUCCUUUCAAUAACAGCAUUUAAAAACAGCAUGAGUUGGCAACUGAAGAAACCAUAAAAUGCACUCAGGAAGAAUAGCAGUUAGCUAAUUCUCUAACCUUACAAUCAUAAGGUGGACAACCUUAAUAGUAUAAGUGCUCAGUGUUUUCAGUCACACAACUGAUCCCUGCAGAGUACCAACCACCACGGUUACUUUUAUCUUUGCUAGGUCUCUAGACAGCAUGCUGGCAUUCUGCUAGUGCUUUAGAUCUUUCCUAGAAGUGUCAAAUUAUCCAGUUAGAACUAAUCUGAGCUAGCAUUCACGGUACCUGAAAAGAGCUGAAUUUGUUCGCAUCUUAAACUCAAUUAUAAUAAGCCCCUGGUUAUCAUGUCUAUGUGAUAUUACAUGCCUACAUAUAAUAGACAUUACAUGUCUACAGCUUGCCAGCACAGAUUUAUAGACUACAGAAGACAACUAUCUCGAAAAGGCUUGAUCCAUUACAAGCUGCAGAACUUCCUUAGAACUUACGGAAGAACAACUUCUAGUGUUCCUGCCUAUUGACAAUAGGCAGCAAUUUGACAACAUACAUUUAUUCCAUCACAGAAGAUGGUUAAAACAGACAAAAAUGUUGUUCUAGUGCGUUAUCUUUUAUAUCUAGCCUGUUAUUUGCUGCUCUCAAAGUAGAAACUGAAUUGCUAUCACAGGACAUUCUCACAUUUCUGAAAGUGUAAGGCCUGACGCUGCCAACAGAAAAGUCUUACAGUAAAAUUUGUUACAAGUUUAAACAAGAUGUUUUCAUGCUUACCCACAGCAAGAUACAUAUUGUUACACAAAUCUUGUAACAAGUAGCAUCAAGCAACCCCCAAUCUCCUCUAUGGUCUUGGUGAUGUCUUUAUAGCUUCAUGCUGGCCUAAUCAUCUUCCUGCACACACUCAUUACAGGAGUGAGUUGUAGCUAGCAAUUAAAGAAAAAAAAGUAUGUUAAUACUGAAUUUAUGUACAAUAAGCAAAUUGCCUUUGCUGGUUGUAGAUGUCCUUAGCUGUACAAUUCUUCUGAUGCAAAAAUAAAACAAAAACAAAACCAAA